CCCAUGAGAUCUAUUUACAUAAUCAGCUGCUUCUUGUUACAACACAAUUUCAGUCUGUUAUGAGCGUCUCCUCCUCUAUUGUCAGCACACGGUUAGUGUUCCAGCACACACUCAACACCUUCGGCUCUCUGCUUAACAACAGGUUCAUCUUAGACAGCUGAGACAGAAGCUCUUGACAAGAUGAAGGCCGUGAUUGUGUUGCUCGUACCUCUUCUGCUUCCAUUGGUCUCUGCUCAGACAUUUCGUUGGGGCCCCUGCCCAACACCAAUGGUCCAGCCAAACUUUGAAUUAGACAAGUACCUUGGAAAGUGGUAUGAAAUUGAAAAGCUCCCAGCAUCCUUUGAGAAAGGCAAGUGUAUUGAGGCAAACUACAUGCUAAGACCUGACAGCACCAUCCAAGUUCUCAAUGUUCAGACAUACAAAGGAAAAAUUAGAACAGCAGAGGGCACAGCAGUCGUUCAGGACAUGAAGGAGCCGGCAAAGCUUGGAGUCAGUUUCUCCUACUUCACACCCUACGCCCCAUACUGGGUCCUGUCCACUGACUACAACAGCAUUGCUCUUGUUUAUUCGUGCACUGAUGUUCUCAGGCUGUUUCAUGUAGACUACGCCUGGAUCCUCGCACGCUCACGCAUUCUGCCCGCAGAGGCCAUCUACCAUGCCAAAGAGAUCUUCUCACGUGACAACAUCGACGUGAGCAAAAUGAUACCCACAGAUCAGCAAGGAUGCGAUGGUCCUAUGUAAACAGUGAAGACUGAAAUAUGUAUUUUUGGUUCAGAAAGGUUUAAGUGCCUUCACUAUUAUACUUGAAUUAUCAUUAUAAAGCUACUCCUGUUGCAUAAACUGUCUAGACCCAGCCGGCACAUAAUACAAUGCUCUCUAUAUAUUUUUGAAAAAUAAAUAAAACAUUACCCUUUGCUAAUUAAGUUUUUGCUUAUGAAGUUCUCUGUGUCAUGUCAUUCCUGAAUAAUGAUUUUAAUAAACAAGUGUUUAUUUUGUGAAUA